CGGACUGGCCAGGAUGAGCGCAGCCAGAAAAUGGCGGAUAUUGAGGAGUUACGGGUAGGCGAAAGUGCAAUGAUAGCUGGUUACUUCUUUGCGUUUUUCAUAUUCUGAAGACAUUUUGCAGUUACCGUUUUAUUAUGCUAUUUUGCCGGGCGGUUUGCUGUCCAUGUGUUAAUUUCUUUAUAGUUAAUAGAGAGACGUUACACCAUUCCGUUAGAUGGAUUGUGUUAGCUUGUUAGCCACCAACCAGCUACUCUUUUAGCUCUUGAGCUGCUACACAAACAUUGAAGAACAGCCUCAAAAUAUCACUGCUUUCAUUACCAUCUUUCACUGCAUGAAAACGCUUUAUUAUAAUGCCUAACUGAACUUGACGACUGUUCGCUGCAGAUGCAUUUCGGUCAUUUGUUAAGGAUUUUUAAAGAAAAAAGGAUUAACACAUAAGAACAAUCAAGCAUGGACCAUGUAAUGAAGGAAUAUGGUAUCAAGUUUCCGUGUCUCAGAGCUCCAGGUACUGUUAGGUUUUGCUGGAAGGAAUAAGAGUGGUCGCAAGCAUGAACUAUUGCUGAGGGCUUUGCAUCUACUAAGGAGUGGUUGUAGUCCUGCCGUGCAGAUCAAAAUAAAGGAACUGUACUGUCGGAGAUACCCAAGGACAUUUGAUGGUCUACAAGAUUUGGCGGCUCUAAAGUCAAGCAUUAAAUCCUACUUUCACAUAGACAGUGGUGCCACAAUUGUGAGCUCAGAUCUUCCUCUGCAAACCGGCCAUUCAGACCUGCAGCUGCAGCAGGUGAGCUGCGAUUCACCUUUGUUUCAUGAAUCAAAGCCCAUGAUGAAUAUGCAGCAGCCCACGACACUUAUGGCCCCCGUCCAUCCGGACGUGCAGAUGAAGGCCCUACCAUUUUACGAUGUCCUGGAUGUCUUGAUAAAGCCAUCAAGUUUAGGGACCCAUGCCGUUCAGAGGUUUCAUCAUGAGAAGUACUUCAUAUUUGCAUUGACUCCACAACAAGUGAGAGAAGUUUGCAUUUCUCGGGACUUUCUUCCAGGUGGAAGAAGGGACUACAUGGUUCAAAUUCAGCUACGGUUUUGUCUAGCAGAGACCAGUUGUCCACAAGAGGACAAUUAUCCAAACAGCCUGUGCAUCAAAGUCAAUGGGAAGCUCUUUCCCCUCCCUGGAUAUGCACCGCCUCCUAAGAAUGGUGUAGAGCAGAAAAGACCCGGCAGACCGCUGAACAUCACGUCGCUGGUCAGGUUGUCAUCUGCUGUACCCAAUCAGAUAGUAGUCACAUGGGCUCCUGAAAUAGGGAAGACAUACUCCAUGUCUGUUUAUCUGGUGCGGCAGCUGACCUCCCCACUGUUACUACAGAGAUUAAGAAUGAAGGGGAUCAGAAAUCCUGACCACUCCAGAGCAUUAAUAAAAGAAAAACUCACAGCAGACCCUGACAGUGAAAUCGCCACAACUAGUUUACGAGUCUCACUCAUGUGCCCACUUGGCAAGAUGCGCCUUACGGUACCCUGCCGAGCUGUCACCUGUUCCCACCUGCAGUGCUUUGAUGCUGCUCUAUACCUGCAAAUGAAUGAGAAGAAGCCCACCUGGAUCUGUCCCGUCUGUGACAAAAAAGCCACAUAUGAGAGUCUGAUUAUAGAUGGGCUCUUCAUGGAAAUACUCAAUGACUGCACAGACGUUGAUGAAAUCAAGUUUCAGGAGGAUGGGACUUGGUGUCCAAUGAGACCAAAGAAGGAGACGUUGAAAGUGUCAUCUCCAUGUAUCCCAAAAAUUGAUUGUGCUGUCCCAGUGAGACAAAGUGCAGUGGUGCCACCCCCAGAAACCGGCAGUACAAAAAAAGCAGACGUAAUUGACCUUACGCUAGAGAGCUCGUCUGAUGAUGAUGAGGACAGUGAUCCUCCUCUGAAAAAGCGCUGUGUCUACAUGUCAAAGGCUGAGGAGAUGCACAGCAAAGGGGUCUUGACUUAUCAGCCAUCAACUGUCCGGGUGCCAAAUGUCCAGGCGCUGGACACCUCAUACCUGACCUCAUCAAUAGCGGACUACUCCGUUCCAUUCCACCAUUCGACCUUAUCCACUAUUCCCACAGAUAUGCAAAGUCUUGAUUUAUUUUCUCUAAUUCAAGGGGACCCCCAGUUUCCUUUGUCUCUUCAGCAACAUUACAGAGGCCCCAUAUUUUUAGACAACCUCUCCAGCAGCCUUCAGAGUGCCACCACCAGCACCAGCCUGGUUUCCUCUUCCGCACAGUACGAGACGGCAACCCAUAGCAGCAGCUCGAGUCAUGAGACGGGUGUCAUCACGGGAGGAUCUUCAGGCCUGUCAGACAUUAUCUCUCUUGACUGAAACCUGGUGCAUCUUUAUUGGCCAGUCACCAAAACAACUACACUCAAGUCAAGUCAGCUAAGCGAAAACAGUUUUGACAUUUGACUAUGGACCUCAAGAAUCAUGUUUUGACAAGGACCCAGAAGGACUGCUAAGAAAAUCUCUGAGUGGGUCAGCAACAAUACUGUUUUAAAAUGCAAACCUGAAUUAAGCUGUUUCCCUCGAAUUGGGGAAACUGUGAGUAACACAUUGACUCUCUUCCAUUAGCUAUUUGAUUGGAAGAGCGGAGCAAAACAAACGGCAUAAAUGAGUGGACUGAAAAGCUUAGACACGUCCAAUAACGGCACUCUUGUCUUCAUUGUGUGUGUUGCUUCAGCAGUUCUGCAGUUGAAACGGAAGCAAGUUUUCAGCGGCAGCUCACUUUAUUUGUCUCUUCGAUUUCAACAGUGCAAUUACUUUUUGUUAAAAGACUUCCGUUACAGCAAUAAAAACUGUGUUGUAUAUUUCAAAAAAA